AUGGGUUCCCCAUGGCCAUUUUCCGCUUGGGGCAUGGAUGUAAUUGGGGCCAUAGAGCCUCUUGCAUCAAAUGGACAUCGUUUCAUCCUUGUAGCUAUUGAUUAUUUUACAAAAUGGGUCGAAGCUUUGACAUAUAAGGCAGUAACUAAGAAAGUCGUGGCAGAUUUUGUUCGUAACAAUAUCAUUUGUCGAUUCGGGAUUCCAGAAUCAAUUAUAACAGAUAAUGCGGCAAAUCUCAACAGCGAUCUUAUGAAGGAAAUUUGUGAGCGAUUCAAGAUUACUCAUCGAAAUUCCACAACUUAUCGGCCACAGAUGAAUGGAGCAGUUGAAGUAGCAAACAAGAACAUCAAGAAGAUUUUGAGGAAAAUAGUGGAUGGUCACAGACAAUGGCAUGAGAAGUUACCAUAUGCUCUGCUCGGUUAUCGUACCACAAUCAGAACUUCCACUGGGGCAACUCCUUAUAUGAUUAUUCAAGAGGUCGGUUUAGAUGAUGCAGAAUGGAUUCGCAACAGGAUUGAACAGUUGAUGCUCAUUGAUGAGAAAAGAAUGGAUACAGUUUGUCAUGGUCAACUUUACCAAAAUAGGAUGGCCAAAGCAUUUAACAAGAAAGUCAAGCCUCGACAGUUCACACAAGGACAAUUAGUAUUGAAGAAGAUAUUUCCUCACCAAGGAAAAGCUAAGGGGAAAUUUGCACCAAACUGGCAAGGUCCUUACAUGGUUCAUAGAGUAUUAUCCGGAGGAGCAGUAAUCUUAGCAGAAAUGGAUGGCACAGUGAGCACGAAGCCAAUCAACUCAGACUCCAUCAAGAAGUACUACAUCUGA